AUGAGUAGAAAAGUAAGUUUUAUUAUUAUUUGCAGUUUUUAGAUUAUUUUCUUUGUUAUAACUUAUUUAAAUUCUCGAAAAACCUACUUUAACAUCAAAAUUCUAAAUAAACCUUUCAGAUGUCGCCAGAAGAAGAGUUGGAGAAGCAGUACCGAGAAUAUAAAGCACAGUUUGAGCAAUGGAGAGAAGCUAACAAGUAUUUUUAGCAAUUUUUUUAAUUUUAUUUUGGUGUUUAGGGGUUCAGAGGGUAGCGAAGGUUAUAUUCAGUACGUGAAGCAGUUCGAACAAUGGGAAAGAGAUGUUGAAGCUAGGAGAAAAUCUGUUCGAGCUAAAUCCGAGCAAGAUCGACGACAACAAGCUUUGGAACUGCAGCAGAAACAACAAAAUGAUGAAGGUAACGACUUCUUUUGGCUUGCUUUCUUAGUUUUCAUGUUUAAUUAAAUUUUUAAAGAUUUUUGCUCUUUUUGACCAUGAUUAAGUUAAAAUAGGUAUUUUGAUAUAAAUUUGGAGUGAAAUUAUUUUUUUUGAGUUAUUUAAAUGCUGGUUUUUAGUUUAUAUUGUUAUAGGUUUAUUUUUAAAAGUGAAUAGCAGUUUUAGGGUUUUUUAAGAUUUUAAAAUUCAUUUUAGGCAAAAGUUAAAACAAUAUUAAUGUAUUUAUGAUUUUAGACAGUAAAUAAUAGUUUGAUAUUGUUUUACAGUUAAAGGAUAAAUUAUCUUGUUUUAGAAGCAGCAGCAAGAUACGCUCAACAACAACAGAGUUAUAUGGCUAUGCAUCAAAAGGCCAUGUUGGAGGAAGAAAGGAUACGGCAGCAAAGGCAGAAUCCCCAGCCAAUUCCAGUGGAAGAUAAAGGUAAGUUUUUGAAAUUCAAAAGGUUGUAAAGGGGCUUUAAAAUAGUUUGUCUUCAAUGAACAAGUUAACUUUUAAAAUUUUGGUUUGAGAAGAACAUCAGAUUUAAAAAUUUUAAUGAAAAUUAAAUUUUAAAAUUUCAGCCAAACGAGGGCCUCACAUUCAAGCAGAACCUCAGCCAACUCUUUCCUCUCAAAACCUUCAACGUACCGCGUUGUGGGGACCAGAUGGAGCAGAUUACACUCCAGCAGAUCCAAUGUUUGCUCGUUGGGGAGCUCGAGCAGCUCCACCCAAUUACAAUGUCACUUAUCAGCCACCACCAAGUGAAGAACCUAUCAAUCCUUCGUGGUAUUUGAUGAAGAAGAUGGAAGACAAUGGAUUGUUCUACAGUUACAAUGUUAAUAUCAAUGGUUUACCUGAGAUCUCAUUAGAUGGAGUACCUGAAGGUGUGGUUAGUGCCAGUUUGAAGCCGGAGAUGGCGGAGUUCAGGAAUGAUGUGUCAUUACCUUCAUCACAAGGGAGCUUGCCAGUACAACAGAUGCCUAUUGGGAGACCUGUGGCGUUGCCUUCGGACUUUUCUGUUCCCCCACCUUCUCUACUUUAA